AUGAUAAAUUAUAACAAUAAUAUAAUUGAUAGUAUUGAUGUUUUUGACAUAAUAAGGCAUAUUAAAGAUCCUGAAUAUCCAAACACACUAGAGCAACUAAAAGUGGUUAAUGAAGAUUGGAUAACGGUUGAAGAUAAUAUAAACGAUAAAAAGGAUUGUUGCUAUAUAAAAAUAUAUUUUACACCUACUGUACCCCACUGCCACCUGGCACCAACAAUAGCAUUAUGUAUUAGAGAGAAAAUUAAUCAAUACUUACCAAAAAGAUCAAAAAUAGAAAUUUAUAUUACACCAGGAUCACAUCAAACAGAAGAAGAAAUUAAUAAACAAAUAAAUGAUAAAGAAAGAAUUAUAGCGGCAUUGGAAAAUCCAGAAAUCUAUGAUUUAGUUCAAAAAUGUAUUAAAGAGGAUGAAUAUUAA